GAAACAGAUGUUGCAAAAGCAUUCAGUUUGCCAAAGAACUCAAAAGAAAGGAAACUGCAGUUGGACUACAUACGAAAUAAGGGGAACUUUGAGCACAAUAGUGAGGUUUUGGAGACACAGAAAGGCAAACUCAUCCCAUGGAAGCAACCACAGAAAAAAUCUGAAGGACAGGAAUUUGCACAUUGUAUUCACUGCUAUGGUUUGUUCUCAAGAAGAGCAAUGUGGCGGCAUUUUCAGGUUUGCAACUUCAAACCUGAGAGUAGUAAACCCGGUAAAACUCGUGUUCUUUCUUUGUGUGCUUUCGCUGAACCUGCUCCACCUGGAUUUAAUGAUGCUUAUUGGAAGUUCUUAAGUGUUAUGAAUCAAGACAGGAUUGCAGUUGCUAUUAAAGAAGACCGCUGUAUUCUUGAAUAUGGUUACAGACUGUUCAGGAAGAACGAGAAGGUGGUCAGUCAACACCAGUAUAUUCGGCAAAAACUGAGAGAGCUUGGCAGGCUGUUAUUGAAAGCAAGACAAGUUACACAUGUGAAGACCAUCCAAGAACUCAUAAAACCUGAACAGUACAGUCAGGUGGUCACUGCUGCAAAGAGCCUAUCUGGAUUCAGUGAGCAAACUGGCAAAUACCAAUGUCCGUCUCUUGCUCGCAAGGUUGGACACAGCUUGUAUUCUUUGGCCAUGUUUAUCAAGUCCGAAGGCCUGAAAAAGAAAGAUAAACAAGCUACUCAAGAUGCUGAGGAGUUUGCGCUGCUUUAUCAAGAAAGUUGGAGAUUUGACAUUGCAAGCCAAGCAUUAACUCAACUUGACCAGACCAAAUGGAAUGCUCCUCUACUGUUACCUUUCACACAAGAUAUUCAAAAGUUUCAUUGUCAUCUAGCUGAGAAACAGCAGCAACAUUUGAAUGAUCUGCAAAAACACCCAUCACCAUCAAACUGGAAGGAGCUUGCAAAAGUUACCCUCACACAAGUUGUACUGUUUAACCGGCGGAGAGGAGGGGAAGUGUCCAGGAUGCUUCUGUCUGCGUAUCUAUCAAAGGACACAUCAGACACACAUGGUGACGUUAGCUUGGCCCUUACACCGCUUGAACAGAAGCUGUGCAAACAUUUUGUAAGGAUUACAAUUGUAGGAAAGAGAGGAAGAAAGGUUCCAGUUCUUUUAACCCCAAUCAUGAGAGAGUCACUUGAUGCUCUGACUGAGAAGAGAGAAGAAUGUGGAGUGCUGUCUGAAAAUGGAUAUCUGUUUGCAUUACCUCACUCUGUCCAUUACAUAAGGGCUUGUGACUGCAUAAGGCAGUUUGUGAAAGAAUGUGAUCACCUUGAAAAUCCUAAAGCCUUAACAUCAACAAGACUAAGGAAACAUAUCGCCACCCUCUCUACUGUAUUGAACCUUAAGACCACAGAACUCGAUCAGUUGGCAGACUUCCUUGGCCAUAAUAUUGCUGUGCACCGAAAGCACUACCGCCUUCCGGAGGGCACCCUCCAGUUGGCCAAAAUCAGCAAAGUGCUUCUGGCAAUGGAACAGGGACGCCUAGGAGAAUACAAAGGAAAGAGCCUGGAUGAAAUUCAAGUUGACGUGAAUGAGACCAUUGGCAUAGAGGGGCCUUCAGAAGAGGACAUUGAAGGAGAACAGGGGUCAGAAGAUGAGGAGAGCAUGUCAUCCCUGAACAUCUGUACCUCAACAUCACAAGUCCAAAACCAGGGAGUGUCUCCAACGGAUGUCACUAUGCCAGGACAACAGGGGUCAGAAGAUGAGGUCAGCACGUCAUCCCUGCAAGAAUGUACCUCCACAUCGCAAGUCCAAAACCAGAGUGUGUCUGCAAGAAAGAGAGGUAAGCAAGCUCCUGUGAGACGUUGGACACCAGAGGAAAUUGCUGCAGUAGAAAAACAUCUGAAGAAGUUCAUUGUGAGGCAAGAUGUUCCAGGUAAAGCGGACUGUGAGCGCUGCAUUGCUUCAGAACCGCAAGCGCUACAAAAUAGAGACUGGAAAGCAGUCAAAUAUUUCAUCAAAAAUAGAAUAACUACCAUGAGAAGAAAAUUAUAAUGAAAGCAGUUCAACGAUCAGAGGUAUGGACACACAUUUUCAGUUUGGGUCCUAUACUUUGUUUAAAUGUUUUGAAAUGUACUGUAGUUUAAAGUAGCUGCUGUGGUUUUAGCAGUCAACAACACAUUAAACAAGUACAUGUUUGGCAAAGUCAAAUGUUUGAUUAUCUGGUUAACUUUGCAGUAAUGAUUGUUUUGUUUUCCUGUAAUCAUUAGUUGCAGCAUUAGAGUCUCAAUUUUGUCUCAAGCAUGUUCUAUGUUUUUUGUGAAACAAUACACGGGCAGAUGUGUACACAAAUUAUUCAUAUUUGAUACACUGACCUUUGUGGUCCACAUUAUUUAUUGGUACAGCAAACCUGCAUUCAUUCCAUGCUAAAGACUGACAGGAUGCUUCACAGCACUUAUUUUUAGAGGAUGGAGUCAUAGAACUAUCUCUUACCUGUGAAGGAAUGCAUAGCUGCAGCAUGUAUUGGUCACUGAUGAGCCUCUGUGACAGGUCAGUAUUAAAAACAUCUUCAUGUUGUGUGGACUAAAGUUUCAUGGUUUAAUUUUUUGAUUGAUUGUCACUGAAGACCUGAAUGUUUGCAACCGGACACCAAGCAGAUGGGUCAUCCUGAGCACAUAUUAAAAAUUUCUCUACCAAAUAUGAAUGACAGUACGUUGUAGACU